AAUCUAAAAAAUGGCGGCCAUCUCCGAUAUUAUGCUAUACCUAAUUAGAUUCCCUUUUAUUAUCUUUCUCCCAUUAUUGGCACUUAUUAUAAUGCUUAGUGUCACAAUCAAUUGGCUAAGUUCCAAAAGAAAGCCACUCCCUCCGGGGCCCAAACCCUGGCCGUUCGUCGGAUCUCUCCCGGAGAUUCUCCGGAACAAGCCUGCUUUCCGGUGGAUACACAAUUUCAUGGACGAAAUGAAGACUGAAAUCGCAUGCAUCCGUCUCGGGGGCACCUACGUGAUUCCCGUCACUUCCCCGGAGCUGGCAUGCGAGUUCUUGAAGAAGCAAGACUCCAUUUUCUCGUCAAGGCCCCUUUGCAUGUCCGCCGAUCUUGUCAGCAACGGAUACCUGAGCUCCCUCUUUCUCCCCUCCGGCGAUCAGUGGACGAAAAUGCGAAGAAUUCUCACCUCCCACGUGCUUUCUCCGGCGACUCUCCAUUGGCUUCACGAUAAAAGGGUGGAAGAAGCCGAUCAUCUCCUUCGUUACAUCUACGACCAGUGCAAGACCUCGGAGGCCAGCAACAUGGGCGUGGUGGUUAACGUGCGAGCCGCCACACGACAAUACUGCGGAAACGUCGCUAAGAAGAUGUUUUUCAACAAGAGAUACUUUGGCAGUGCCGAAGAAGAUGAAGAGGUGGUUGAGGCCAUGUUCUCAAUUCUUAGCUAUACUUAUGGAAUGGGAAUCUCCGACUACAUUCCUUGGCUGAGUGUAUUCGAUAUUGACGGCCAUAAAAGCAUGAUCAAGAAAGCUCUGGCGGUCACGAGAAAAUACCUUGAUUCCGAAGUGGACAAGAGGAUUCAAAUGUGGAAAGAUGGGAGUAAAACUGCCGAAGAAGACAUCCUUGAUGUUCUUGUUACGCUCAAGGAUAAUGAUGGAAGACCAAUGUUGAGUGAUGCAGAGAUCAAAACACAACUUCUGGAAAUAAUGGUAGGAUCUUUGGACAAUCCAUCGAAUGCUGUGGAAUGGGCGCUGGCAGAGAUGAUAAACCAACCAAAACUAUUGGAAAAAGCAGUGGAAGAAGUAGACAAAGUGGUGGGGAGGGAGAGGCUUGUUGAGGAGUCCGAUUUACCUAAGCUAAACUAUAUAAAAGCCUGUGUUAAAGAGGCUUUUCGGCUCCACCCAGUCGCACCAUUCAACAUCCCCCAUGUCUCCGUGGCGGACACCGUUGUCGGCGGCUACUUCAUCCCCAAGGGCAGCCAAGUGCUCAUCAGUCGCAUUGGGCUUGGCCGGAACGGAAGAGCUUGGGAGGAGCCUCUCAAAUUUAAGCCGGAGCGUCACCUCAAAAGGGACGGAGAGGAAGUAGUAUUAACCGAUUCGGAGUUGAAGAUGUUGUCGUUUAGUGCCGGGAGACGAGGAUGUCCGGGUGUGAAGUUAGGUUCUUUGAUGUCUACAAUGUUGAUGGCUAGGCUUGUUCAAGGCUUCACUUGGAGUGUUCCAGCUGACCUGCCAUGCAUAGACUUAACUCAGGCUAAACAUGAUCUCUUUCUUGAAAAUCCACUAUUUGCAUUAGCGAAACCGCGAUUGUCCAAAAAUCUCUACGUGUAGUCAACCAUCAUCUAAUAUGUUACUUUAAAAUUAUGUUAAUAAAGGUGU